AGGCCACGCCCACUUCCGGGCCCCGCGCGGGCUCGCAGCCGCUGUUUCCGCCCGUGGCGCGAGUGGACGGACCUAGAGCUUUCCUCCUUCCAGGCUCACGUUUCUAGUCUUUUCCCCCCCCAAUCCCUGCACUCUUGGCUUUUCGUCUCACACACCCGGCGGGGCACACCCGGGAGAAGCUCGCUCGCAGCGCGGGAACUCCUGGCAGUCCCUGGCGCGUUCCCAACGCCGUCCCCACCCCUCCCCUCGGCCCCGCCCAUUAACGGCUGCGGGGCGCCGGGCCACGCCCCGGGCCCCGCCAGUUACGCCCAGAGGGUCUCUUUCUGAAGCGGCCCGGGACUGGGGUUUGCGUCCGCCCUGAGACCACCGUGGUCCCUACGUCUCGCCAGGGCAAUGGCCACAUGCGACGAGGAGCGGCAGCUGAAAAAAGAAUAUCCCCGUACCUUGUCUAUGUGUGGCCAUGUUGGUUUUGAAAGUUUACCUGAUCAGCUGGUUGAUAGAUCCAUUGAGCAAGGCUUCUGUUUUAAUAUUCUCUGUGUGGGGGAGACUGGAAUUGGAAAAUCAACACUGAUAAACACAUUGUUUAAUACUAAUUUUGAAGAACUCGAAUCCUCACAUUUUUGUCCAUGUGUUAGACUUAGAGCUCAGACAUAUGAACUCCAGGAAAGCAAUGUUCGCUUGAAACUGACCAUUGUAAAUACAGUGGGCUUUGGUGACCAAAUAAAUAAAGAAGACAGCUAUCAACCAAUAGUUGAUUACAUAGAUGAUCAAUUUGAAGCCUAUCUCCAAGAAGAACUGAAGAUCAAGCGUGCUCUGUUUAAGUACCAUGACUCUCGUAUCCAUGUGUGCCUCUACUUCAUUGCUCCGACAGGCCAUUCUCUACGGACUCUUGACCUCUUAACCAUGAAGAGCCUGGACAACAAGGUGAACAUUAUACCACUUAUUGCCAAGGCAGAUACAAUUUCUAAGAGUGAAUUACAGAAGUUUAAGAUGAAGCUUAUGAAUGAACUGGUUAUCAAUGGUGUUCAGAUAUAUCAGUUUCCAACAGAUGACGACACGACCUCCAAGAUCAAUGGAGCAAUGAACGGCCAUUUGCCAUUUGCUGUUGUUGGAAGUAUGGAUGAGAUAAAAGUUGGAAAUAAGAUGGUGAAGGGUCGUCAGUAUCCUUGGGGUAUCGUACAAGUGGAAAAUGAAAAUCACUGUGACUUUGUAAAGCUUCGGGAAAUGCUUAUUUGCACAAACAUGGAGGAUCUGCGGGAACAGACGCAUAUGAGGCACUAUGAGCUGUACAGGCGCUGCAAACUGCAGGAGAUGGGCUUCGCAGAUAUGGGCCCAGAGAACAAGCCCCUCAGUCUUCAAGAGACUUAUGAAGCUAAAAGACACGAAUUCUAUGGUGAACGUCAGAAGAAGGAAGAACAGAUGAAGCAGAUGUUUGUGCAGCGAGUAAAGGAGAAAGAAGCCAUAUUGAAAGAAGCUGAAAGAGAGCUUCAGGCCAAAUUUGAGCACCUCAAAAGGAUUCAUCAGGAAGAGAGAAUGAAACUUGAAGAAAAGAGAAAAAUGUUGGAGGAAGAAUCGGUUGCUUUUGCUAAGAAGAAAGCUACCUGUGAGCUGUUCCCGAACCAGUCGUUUCUGGCGUCAGGUAGCAGCAUUAGGAAGGACAAAGACCGAAAGAAGGCUGAUGGAGUUGCAACCUUCUGCGACUGCUUAACAGCACAAGAGAGCGUGAGACUGUGUAUUUCUUCCCCAAGAAAAGAAAAGAAUUAAAAACUUGAAGUAUGAUUUCUACUGGAUAUAUUGCUUUUUCAUGAUAAUAAAGCUGAAGAGCCACAGGUUCAACCACCGUCAUGAUAGGGACCACCUGGUAAGUCCCCCUCCGUUCGCUGGAAAAGCUCCUAGGGUCUGUGUGCCCCAGGCCUUUGCUGUGCAUAGUAUGGAUGCUUCCGGUCAGUCUGGCUCCUUUUCUCAGAAGCACUCUCAACUAUGCUUUGGAUGUUUACAGCAUUAACAACCUUGUACCACGUCUCUGCAGCUUCGCAGGGGACAGUAGCUCUCAUGGUUUAUCGCUUUGCUCUGUAGCACCUCAUGUGCUUCUUAUGUUUUGAAGUUGAAAUGAUGGACUGAGCCAUGGAGCCUACUUUGGAAAGAAGAUGCAGUGUUCACAGAUCAGGUACAGCACAUCCGUGUCACUUAGCACAAGGGAUGUGGCCUUCCCCUUCACAAAAUGUCUAGGGACUGAAAGCUUCAAGGGACACCUUCACUCCCUAAUGGCUAAUGAGAAUUGUCUCUUCUGCUGAAUGGUUCAAGUGCCCUGACCAACACCUUUCUCCCUGUGCACGUUCAAUCAUUAGGCUGCUUGGUUUGGGGAGUGUCAGUCCAGAAGCUGGCAGUUUGUGCACGUGGUUCGAGGAUGAAAUGGCAUCCAUCCCUAGGGAUUGACUUUAUAUCUCUGCUUACAAAGACAAAUUGCCAGGCAGUUUUUCCAGAUACUGUGGCAUACACAGCCUACAUCCUUCUGGGUCCCUACCUCCCAUAUUAGUACUUGAUCUAUUGUGAUUACAUAUCUCUUUAAUGAUGGGACGCACUCUCAGAUGAUGGGCUGUGUCAAUUAGGUGAUUCUUUGCACUGGGUCAGUACCACAGACUUAAGACAGUAGAUGUCAGUCAGUCUGGCAUACACAGUAAAUGUAUGCUCAAACCGCUAUCAGCAUAUACUCUGUAAUGUUUUAGUAAAUCUUUUCAAAGGAGGAACACACUCUCCAAUAAAAAAUAGAGAAAA